CUCGAAACAGCGGAAAGCGGUUCGCCCGCUUGCAAAGGGAUGCGCUCGCCGCUUUCCCUGUCCUGAUACCCUGCUGCAUGCAGUGCCGGAUUAGCGUUAGUCGUCGCAGUCAGUGAACAGUCGCCGUUGGAAUACCAGCAUUUUCCCAUGCAACGUAGUCCGUCUUACCAGCAAAAAAUGUGACGCUUCAGAGUCACUUGAAAUAUGCCGUAAUCACAUCAUCAUCAGUAUCUACUGCGUCCUUAAGCGAGGCCCUGUAGAUCUCGUGCAUUUGUUACGAGCUAUGUCUUCACAGUUGUGGCACACAAUGAUCUCUCUACACAGACUCUUGUGCUGACACGUUAAAUAUUUGCAGUGACAUAAGGACCUGCAAUAGAGUUGGUGCUGCAUAACCCUGUCCGGAAGUGUCUUUAUGAGCUGCGGGAAGGAGGCAGCUAUUACGUUACGUGGAACAACCAUCAGGCCUGCAUGAAGCGAUCACGUUCUUCUGUCACAGUCGUUGCAUGCUUAUCUGUACGCUGUGUUCCAACAGUUUUUGAUAUGGUCCUGUUUACCAGAUGCGCGCUGGUCUUGUUCAACUCAUGGCAGUGUAGAGGGCGCCCCAAAGCCAACAUCCUCCAAAAUUUUCGUCACAGGUUAAGAAGUCACUGCUCGGCACAUGCUUUCAGCUGACAUCUAUGCAUGAUGCCGAUUAUCGUCUCGAAAGAACGUGUGCCUCCAAUAAGCCGGAACUGCAUACAGGCUAAUGAGUGCGUGGGGUGCUUGCUCUGUUCGGCUGCUUCGUUGCUGUAGCGACUGGUGAACUGCAAGGCUUUCAAUCUGGUAUGCACACGGGGGGACAUCGUCGCUGUUUCAAAGCUGGUUGUGUAUUCGCUUUUUUUCUGCGUCUUCUGUUCGUGUGCGGUCCACCAAAUUCAAGAAGAUGGCGGAACUGCUUGAGAAGCUAAAUGUUCUGGUGGAGAAACAGAAAAAGAUGGAGGAGGAAAUGGAGGCACUUGCAGACUACCUCACCCAGCCAGGAAUGCCUGGUUUGACUGGCGGGCUGGUAGACGACGAGGGUUUCCCGCGUGCAGAUAUCGAUAUUUAUGCCAUUCGUGGUGCCCGCAACCGGCUGGCUAUCCUUAAGACUGACUACAAAGAGGUCCGUUCUCAGAUCGAGAAGGAGCUCUUUGCCCUGCACGCCCAAGGCCCGGUGGCAGUUCCUCGCACGGGUUGUGUAAGCACAGGAGACGCUUUAAAUGCAGCCUCGUUGUCCCCUGAUUCGAACACUGCACUGGAGGAAAAUCCCUUCAUUCCAUUCGCGAAGAUCAGUGAGCUGCAUGAGAAUAGUCCAGCGUCAAAAGCCGGUCUUCGUCUAGAUGAUCUCAUCCUUCAGUUUGGUGCCGUCUUCAUUCGCAGAAAAAGUCUGCCAGAACCGUCGGAAGGGGAUAAACAGCAAGUUGCUGCUGAUCCGGGAGGGGAUAGACCCGGCUGCAGUAGUGUGGAGCAGGUUUUCGAGAGGCUUCCUCAUGAAGUUGGGAACCACACAGGGGAGGAGAUCGAUAUCACUGUCUUCCGCAAUAAUGCAAUUCUAAAUCUGAAGCUUAUUCCUCAAACGUGGGAAGGCAUGGGUCUCGUGGGAUGCCGAUUCACACCCGUAACAAAAGGGAUGCUGUAACAAUUCUCUGUUUGCCUGAGCGCAUUCUUCAGCGCGACAGCCAAGGCUGCGUAAAAUUUUCACGUGACUAAGCGAAAGCGAAGUCGUCCGCGCUCUACCGUACGUUGUGGAGAUUCGGGCUCCACUGACACAUGAUCCGGUAUUGCCUUGAACCUUUCCAGACGUUGCGGUGAAAGUUCACAGGAAGGCG